UUCCAUUUAUAUGACAUGUCCAGAAUAGGUCAUCUGUAGAGAUAAGAUGUAGAUUAGUGGUUGCCUAGGGUUGGGGUAUAGGGGGUGUUAUGGACUGAAUGUUUGUAUCGCCCCCAAAUUUAUACAUUGUUUAACCCCCAGUGUGACUGUAUUUGAAGACAGGGCCUGGCUGGGCAUGGCGCCUCACGCCUGUAAUCCCUGAACUUUGGGAGGUCAAGGCAAGCAGAUCACCUGAGGUCAGGAGUUCAAGACCAGCCUGGCCAACAAGGUGAAACACCGUCUCUACUAAAAAUUCCAAAAAAUUAGCCAGGUGUGGGGGCAGAUGUCUGUAAUCUCAGCUACUUGGGAGGCUGAGGUAGGCGAAUGGCUUGAACCCAGGAGAUGGAUGUUGCAGUGAGCCGAGACCACGCCAUUGCACUGCAGCCUGGGCAAAAGCAACGAAACUCCCUCUCAAAAAAAAAAAAAAAAAAAAAAGAUAGGGCCUGUGAGGAGGUGACCUUAAAUAAGGUAAUCAAGAUGAGGGACUUCCAAGAGGAGUGCUGGCAAUUAAGAGAGCUGGGGCCAGGUGGGGUGGCUCACACAUGUAAUCCAGCACUUUGAGAGGCCAAGGUGGGAGGAUCCCUCGAGCCUAGGAGUUCGAGACCAGCCUGGGCAACAUAACAAGACCUUGCCUCUAUUUAUAAAUUCAAUUUAUUAUUUUUUUUUUUAAAAAAGGGAGAGAACUGCGAGGAAAUAAAAAGAGAAAGGGCCAAGGCCAGGUGCAGUGGCUCACACCUGUAAUCCCAGCACUUUGGGAGGCCGAGGCAGGCGGAUCACGAGGUCAGGAGAUCGAGACCAUCCUGGCUAACACGGUGAAACCCCGUCUCUACUAAAAAUACCAAAAAAACAAAACAAAACGAAACAAAAAACUAGCCUGGUAUGGUGGCAUGCGCCUGUGGUCCCAGCUACUCAGGAGGGUAAGGCAGGAGAAUCGCUUGAUCCCAGGAGGUAGAAGUUGCAGUGAGCUGAGAUCGCGCCACUGCUCUCCAGCCUACGUGACAGAGCGAGAUUCCGUCUCAAAAAAAAAAAAAGAGAGAGAGAAAGGGCCAAAUAUUUCAAUUCUAAGGUUUGGAAUUUGUUGUUGUUGUUGUUCUUUUUUAUUUUGAGGGGAAAAUGUUGAAGCAAUUUAAAAGUGUACUGUAGGAGAAUAAAUAUAGCAAUAUUGUUACCAAAAAAAUCCAAAAACCAAAAACCCAAAACCCAAGAACAAAACCUUCCCAAGGUGCUGACAAAGCCCCGAAUCUCCAGGCUGCAAACAUUCUCCUGGCUGCUCAUUUGUGAGGAUCCAGUGACCUGUGUCCACUGCUGGGAAGCGAAGCAUCUGCUGGUGUGGUGUAGCCAUGCUGGGGGCAUGGCGAGGCCUGUGGAUGCAGUUCUCUGCGCUCUGCCCUGUGCUCUCUCUGACGUCUUCCACAUCCCCACCUCUUCACCCUCUCUGGGGCUUUCUUCUCUACCCAUCUAGGGACUACAGCCCAGAAAAAUGCUACCACACCACACAUUGCAUUUAGUUGUCACGACUCUCUAGUCCCCAUUAUUCCAGAGCAUCACCUCAAUCAUUUCUUGAUUCUGAUCACCUUAAAACUGUUUGUUACACCUGUAGUCCCAGUACUUUGGGAAACUGAGGUGGGAGGAUUGCUUGAGCCCAGGAGUUCAGGACCAUCCUGGGCAACGUAGCAAGACCCGUCCCUACAAAAAAAAAUUUUUUUUAAAUUAGCUGGGUGUGGUGGCAUAUGCCUGUAGUCCCAGCUACUUGAGAGGCUGACACAGGAGGAUCACCUGAGCCCAGGAGGUCGAGGCUGCAGUGGGCUGUGGUCGCACCACUGCACCCCAGCCUGGGUGAGGGAGAGACCCUAUCUCAAAAAACCAUAAAAAGCUUUUUGUAAUUGGGAUGGCACUGCUCCAGGGCUUUCCAGAGCUAGGGAAUAUAUGGACAUUUACACACAUCUGCAUGCACAUACACAUAUACACACCCAUACUAAUUUCUACGUCUAUCUAAACACUUUCUGAAAAUCCUGAGUCUACUCCUAUACCUCCAGUUCCAAUUCGACACCACAAGGGCCACCCACAUUCUCUCCCUUUCCCGAGCUGUGUCUCGGUUUUCUCUGACACUGAGAAACCUGGCUGUUAUCUUUCAAAUGUGUACUUAUUUGACCAAUAGCUGGUGGAAGCAGUUUCUUAUCUCUCUCGCCAUCUCCUUCCCGUGGCUGAUGCCUUCCUAAUCCUAUCAGGUUCUGCCACGCCAAGCCAGGCCACCCUCUCGUGUGGACACCCUCCCCCACCUGCUGGAGGUCUGAUGCAUGCUCUGGCUUGCUGCGUCUCACUCCCCACACCCGGCAGAGGCCUCUUUGGCUCUGCCUGCCCCUAGAGGCUGUAAGACAGCAUUGUUCAGGAAAGGGAGGAAAGGGAAUGGGUGUAGGAAAGGAAGAGCGGAUCUCCUUUGAAGAAUUCUCUUUAAAAAAAAUUAUUUUUUUAGAGACAGGGUCUCACUCUGUUGCCCAGGCUGGGGUGCAGUGGCACAAUCCUAGCUCACUGCAGUCUCAAAUUCCUGGGCUCAAGCGGUCCUCCUGCCUCAGCCUCCUGAAUAGCUGGGACUACAGUGAACAUCACCACACCUGGCUGGUUUUUUAAUUUUUUCUAGAGAUGGGGUUUGCUAUGUUGCCCAGGCUAGUCUCCAACUCCUGGGCUCAAAACAUCCUCCCACCUCAGCCUCUCAAAGUGCUGGGAUUAUAGGUGUGAGUCACCACCUUUUUUUUUUUUUUUUCUGAUUUACUAUAAUAUUUCUAGUAAGCCAUUGGCUUAGAAACCAGAUUCACUAAUUAAUUCAUUUACCCUUUCAUGAUACAAAAUUUUUUAACUGAGUGAGGCCUUUCCUGAGAAUUGAGCGCAUGAGCUUUGGUGCAUGGACCUGGAAAUCUCUGCUUCUUGAACUCCUAGGGGCACUUCAUUCACUCCUGGUGCUCAGCAAAUUUCUGAAUGGGGGAGGUUGGCCAGCCUGGGAGAGGUCACCCACGCCAGGAAGUCUCAGUACCUCUCUAUUUAUCCUAUCACUUGGGAAUCCUCUAGGAUCUGUUUCAGGGAGUCUCUGGUUAGCCCUGAGACAUAAGUGGUGCGGGUGAGACUCCUGGGGCCUAUCUCAGAGGUCCUCACACCCCUGAGAUUAAAUCAGUCAGGAGGCAGGGUGGAGAGGGGAGUGUCCUAUCAGGUCUGAGGAGGUUGUCAACUUCCUGGACUUCUUGCUAAGGACUCCUCUUCCCACCCUUCAUGGGUAGCUGAGGUCAGGGAAUCUGUAGGGACAAGACUUUCUUUUAAAUGCUAAUCUGCUGACUAACCCUGAGUCUGGGAAUGCCUCCAAAAUGUCAAGCUGAUGUGUUUUUUUGUUUUUUGGUUUUGUUUUUUUUUGUUUUUGUUUUUUGAAACGGAGUCUCACUCUUUCAUCCAAACUGGGGUGCAGUGGCACGAUCUUGGCUCACUGAAACCUCCACCUCCUGGGUUCAAGCAAUUUUCCUGCCUCAACCUCCCAAGUAGCGGGGAUUACAGGCACGUGCCACCAUGCCUGGCUAAUUUUUAUAUUUUUGGUGGAGACAGGGUUUCACCACGUUGGGCAGCCUGGUCUCGAACUCCUGACCUCAGGUGAUCUGCCUACCUCGGCCUCCCAAAGCACUGGGAAUACAGGCGUGAGCCACCGUGCCCGGCCCUCAUGGGAAGAGGAAACACCUCUUCACUCUAAGUUUCCUCCAAAACAACCCUUGUGCUAUUCCAGAAAUCAGAUGCUGUGACACCCACAACAACCUGUACAUUCCUUCCAGAGCAUGCAUACUUUUUCCCCACGAUAUAAGCCCUGGGUCUGGGGCCUUGCAGUGCAGAGACCUCCGUUUCGCAGGUAGACCAUGCUUCUGCCUGUAAGUUUUCCUAAUAAAUCACCCAAUACCAGCAAACUGGAUUGUCUGCCUUCUUUGGUUUCUUGGCUCCAUUAGCAUUUGGAGUCACUUUACAUGACUCUUUCUCAGAAUUGAAUCCCUGACCUCCUUUUUGCAGGUCUUGGAUCUGCCAGCCAUUCCCUUUCCCAUCACCAUCCUGUUCCCAAAUGGACCCCUGGUCUCUGUCCCUGGCUAGGGAUUCACCUGCGCCCAUGGGUGAAUAGCCCUGGGGCCUUCAGCCUUGCAGCUGCGCUGGGGUAGAAGGUAGGCAGGUCUGCCCUGAGCCAGCCUCCCCUCCUCAGCCCUUCCUGGGACAGCCUCCCCCUCUUCCUCCACUCCUUUGGGAAAGGGACCCAGAUCCCAGGAAAGAGAAGCUGCCGAUCACCUCGGCAGUGUGGGGGCCUUUCUCGUGGCUCUCUAUGCUUGCCCCAUGUGGGAUGCUGGGGACUUAGCAGGGACAGUGCAGACAACAGUCUCUAUCCUCCUGGAGAAUGCCUAUGGGGAUGUCCAGGGAAGGGAGGGAAGGAGGGAAUCUGGCCUGGGAUGGGGGGCACUCCUCCAGCAUCCCAAGUACCCCUCCAAAACCGCCUGCCUCACCACAGCUGAGCAUCCAGGUAUUUUUGGUAGAGACAGGGUUUCACCAUGUUGGGCAGGCUGGUCUCGAACUCCUGACCUCAGGUGAUCUGCCCACCUCUGCCUCCCAAAGCGCUGGGAAUACAGGCGUGAGCCACCGUACCAAGACAUCCCACAGCACCAGCCUGUGUGUGUCUUGCCAGGCUCAGAGCUGGGAACCUGGAACCCAGGACUGGGUGAGCUCAGAGACAUAACUGUGACUGUACUGGAGUCAGUCUUAUGCCCAGAGCUAAGCAGAAGCAGGGCCAGCCCAGAGGAGACGAUGUUACCGACUCCUACCCCCUCCUGUCUAGCGCUUAGAGUACCUCUGUACUGGCUUGCUUCCUACAGUUGCUCUGGGAGGAAUGUGUGCCAGAGACCCUGACCUCUGACCCAGGCAUGCAAGGGUCUGCCUUGCCUAGUUGAGCCUGUGCACUCUGUCUCUGCCUCCCUUCAGAUAGGGAAAGGAGCUUCAAAUUAUGGGGUGAUGUCAUAGCACAGAGUGGAGAUGGGGUGGCAGGGAGACAGGGAGGCUCAGGGAAGGAGGCCAGGUAUUUCACAGAGGAGUUCUGGGGGAGAAGAAGGAAAAUGGCAGAGUAGGGAACAGGAAGGGGUGAAGGAAAGGGGAAAAGUGCCUUCACUGCAUGGAAAGGUCCUUCUCACCCACAGUGGGGUGGGAUGGAGACUGUAACCUCAAGUACUUUUCUGCAGGGGACAGGCAAGUAACACAUAUGAAACGUGCUGAGUCAGGGAUGCAAGAGGGAGUGUCCCUGUUCCUAUGUCCAGGACAGCCACUACUCAACAAACUGCUGCCAUAAAGAUCCAAUGUUGCAGCAUCUUCUGAUAUAAAUAAUAAAGCAGGCCGGGUGUGGUGACUGACGCCUGUAAUCCUACCACUUUCGGAAGCCGAGGUGGGUGGGGGAGGGAAGGGCCGGGGCAGGGGAUCUUUUCUUUUUUUUUUUUUGAAACGGAGUCUUGCUCUGUCACCCAGGCUGGAUUGCAGUGACAGGAUCUCCGCCCACUGCAAGCUCUGCCUCCUGGGUUCACGCCAUUCUCUUGCCUCAGCCUCUUGAGUAGCUGGAACUAUAUAGGCGCCUGCCACCAUAUCCAGCUAAUUUUUUGUAUUUUUAGUAGAGACAGGAUUUCACCUUGUUAGCCAGGAAGGUCUCGAUCUCCUGACCUCGUGAUCCGCCCACCUAGGCCUCCCAAAGUGCUGGGAUUACAGGCGUGAGCCACCACGCCCGGCCAGGAGGGGAUCAUUUGAGCCUAGGAGUUCAAGACCAGUCUGCAACCUGGCAAGAUCCUGUCUCAAUUAAAAACAACAACAACAACAACAAACCAAGCCCCAGAAAUCGACUGUGAUGUGAAAUCUCCUUAUUUAAAUGUUGGCUCUUUAAAAAAAUAAAAAGACCAGGUUAGGUGGCUCACAUCUGUAAUCCCAGCAUUUUGGGAGGCUGAGACCAGAGGAACACUUGAACUAAGAAGUUCAAGACCAGCCUGGGCAACACAGUGAGACCCCGUCUCUACAAAACAUUUUUUAAAAAUCAAAAAAUUAGCCAGGUGUGGUGGUGUAUGCCUGUAGCCCCAGCUUCUUGGGAGGUUAAAGUGGGAGGAUCUCUUGAGCCCAGGAGGUUGAGGCUACAGUGAGCCACAAUUGCACCACUGCACUCCAGCCUGGAUGACAGAGUGAGAUUCUGUCUCAAAAAUAAAUAAAUAAAUAAAUAAAUAAAUAAAUAAAUGGGCAUGGUAGCUCACACCUGUAAUUCCAGCAUUUUGGGAGGCUGAGGCAGGGGGAUCGCUUGAGCCUGGAAGUUUCAGAGACCAGCCUGGGCAACAAAAUGGAACCUCAAAAAGUAAAAAUCUUGGCUUGUUUGAAAACACACACACACACACACACACACACACAGCCAAAACAAAUGUGUUUCCCAUCUCGGGCUUGGGCACUGGGUCACAAGCUUGGACAGUGAAGCUACUUCUAAACCCAGCACAGGGUACAGUGGAUGCAGGACAUGGGAUAAAAUCCUGUUAGAUUAAGCCCGUCCCUCUGCUUCUGAGGUCUGGCCUGCCUCCCUGUUCUGGUCAGAACCUGUUUUAUGCAAUUGGAGAGGAGAGGGGUCCCAGGAGUAUUUGCCCUAAUGUGAGAAAUUAGAUUACGGGUCUCUGAAAGGGAUUCUGCAAACCAAUCCUUCUUCCAAGCCUACUCUACGCAUACCUAAUAUUCUUAAGCAGUUAUGAAUUUUGCAGAGGUCUACAACACUUGACACUCACUCAAGGCAACUCUGAGGAAACUGAGGCUUAAAGGCCACUAGUAAGCAGUGUAAAAAGGACCUGAUCAUGACAAUUAUUCUUUGAGUGCCUACCAUGCAUGUGCUGGGCUCAGGCCCUUCACUCAAACCCUGGCUCGUACUCUCUGAAGGGUCCUGGGUGAGGAAGAUGUCAAGAACCCCAUACCUCAUCACUGACUCCCUGCCGGGGGCAUGUGCUGCUCCCAGCCUGAGAUGAGUGCUGUUCAUUACACGUCAUCUCCAUGAAGCCUCCCGCAUUUGCUCCAGGAAAGGCCCGUUCGCCACCCUGGCGUCAUUCACUCUGUGUUGCUGAUAUUGAGUCUGUUUCCUUCAAGGGGCAACAGGCUACCCAAGGACUGGGGCUGCUGCCUUCAUUUCUGUAACCUCCGGGGGGAGCUCUUGUGUGAGCCGCAUGAUGGAUGCUUGCUAACAGCUCUAGGCAAGAGGCAGAGGGAAACUGAGGUCUGCCGAGUCAUCCCUGGCCCAGGUACUUCAUGCGUGUGCAGUGUUGCUGUGGAAUCUUUACCACAACCUCCCAUCCCUGUUUUACAGAUGAAGAAACAGGCUCAGAAGAGGCAGACGUGUCUAAGGUCACACAAGCCUUGACACCAUGAGCUAGAAGCUGAGGGUGAGGUCACUUCACAUCCCUUCCCUUUAGCUUCUACUCUAUGUGGGUAGCGUCCUCGACACAGAAGGCCUGAUAAAAGAUGGCAAAAUUGCCAGGCAUGGUGGCUCAUGCCUGUAAUCCUAGCACUUUGGGGGGCUGAGGCGGGUGGAUCACUUGAGGUCAGGAGUUCGAGACCAGCCUGACCAACUAGAGGCUGGUCUUUAGUAGAGGGUUGGUGAAACCCUCUACUAAAAAUACAAACACUGGCUGGCGUCGUGACGCAAGCCUGUGGUCCCAGCUACUCGGGAGGCUGAGGCAGGAGAAUCACUUUAACCCAGGAGGCGGAGGUUGCAGUGAGCUGAGAUCGUGCCACUGCACUCCAGCCUGGGCAACAGAGUGAGACUCUGUCUCAAAAAAAAAAAAAAAAAAAAAAAGAUGGUAAAAUUGGGGGGCAGCAGACCAGAUGCCUGGACUGAUGGUAGGACUGUCCCACAAGGGGUGGACAUUAGGUCCUUGAAACAGACAACUCCCUCCCCCAGCAGGGAAGGGAAGGGCCUCAGAGCUUGGUGUCUACUCUGAGCACAGGCAGGUGCUUUGGGAAGCCUACCCUUGGCUCCCACAUACACAAAGUUUUGCCAGUAGAAAUAUAUGUUUGGGCAAUGCCCAGGCAAAAGGGCCAUGUUCAGUCCCCAAUGUCCAGGCACAAAGGACUCUUCGCCACUCUUCCCUCUCUUGACAGAGUGGCAGAAAAGGAGCCUGGGGAACUUGGAAGGGAAGGGGAUAAGGCAGGGGAAGGGGCAGAUGACAAAUCCUGGGCCUCUUGCCCCUGCCCAGAAAUGCAACAAAGCAACCCCUGAACUCAACAUACAGGUCUGUUCUGGGGCCCCCACCACCCUAGCAUCACCCAUAAUGAUAGUUCUCACGUGCUGAGAGGACUUUUGAAGGGCUCACACACCCAGGGCUCACACAAUGGUCCCAAGUUCAAAUUCUCUGGCCCAUCUGCCAGAACACAGGAUCCCUCAUGGUUCCCUCUGGAGGUUAGGAAUGCCCCGCCUGCGUGCUGCCAUGGAACUCCUCACAGGGGCUUGCCUGAUUUCUGGUCCCAUUCCUCUGGGAAGAGGUAGCUGUUGUUCUAGGUGUGAUUAACCCCAUCACUCCCUAGGCCUGUGAAGGGACUGUGUCAGCUACUGCCAGAUCUGCAGGCAGCUGGGUCCACGCUGGAUAGCUCCCGCCAUUCCAAAACUCUCCCUUUAGCUGGUCGACGUUCUGUCUUUGUAACUUCAAAGAACAAACCUAAGCCCUCUCAGCUGACUGGGCUCUUUGAAGGCAGUGAUCACAGAUCUAGUGUUCUGAUUCUUCCAGACUGGGGCUCCUUUGUUAAAAACAAAUUUUAAAUUUGUUAUUUUUUUGAGACACUCUCUGUCGCCCAGGCUGGAGUGCAGUGGCACGAUCUUCGCUCACUGCAGCCUCCGCCUCCCGGGGUUCAAGUGAGUCUCCUGCCUCAGCCUCCCGAGUAGCUGGGAUUACAGGCGAGAGCCAACACGGCUAGCAUUUUUUUUUUAAGUAGAGACAGGGUUUCAAUAUGUUGGCCAGGCUGGUCUCGAACUCCUGGCCUCCAGUGAUCCGCUAACCUUGGCCUCCCAAAGUGCUGGGAUUACAGGCAUGAGCCACCAUGCCCAGCCCAGACUGGAGUUCCUUGACUUAGCAAAGGGUUGGGCAAAAAGAUGUGGAGACCCCCUCGCCCCAACCGAAUCCCAUCAUUAGCUCUAAACUCAACAGCCCUAAGGGAGCAGAAGGGGGUCUGCUUAGAGAUCCUGGUUCCUUCCAUUUCCUUGAAGUCCGAACCAAAGUCAGAGCUGAAGUUUCAGCUAAAAUUGAAGCCAGGGCUAUUUGCAGAGGCUGCCGCCCUAGUGCGUCCUCUGGUGCUGGCCCAGGUUGGAGCUUUGCGCUAGGGCCCUGCCACACUGCAGGCAGACGCAGGGGUUCUCGCUGCUGUGGGCCGCCUAGUGGAUGGGUAGGUGGGAGCUGUGGCCGAAGGUCUGGCCACACUCACCACCAAGCAUCAGGUUUCCGGACUUUGUGACUGUGCUGGUGCCGCAGCAGAUUCCAACUGUGCACAAAACUCUUACUACAAACAAGGCACUUAGAGGCCUUCUCACCCAUGUGGAGCGCAGGUGCUGCAACAGGUUGGAGCCAAGGCUGAGACUCUUGCCGCAGUCCCCUCAGCGGUAAGGCUUUUAGCCGUGUGAGCGCGCUGGUGCUGGAUCAGGUUGGAGCUGACGCUGAAAGUCUUACCACACUAGGCACAAGCAUAGGGCCGAAGCGAUGGUCACACUCGGGGCAGGAGUGCGGCUUUUCACCGGUGUGUACCCAGUGGUGCUUAACCAGAUCAGAGCCACAUCGGAAGCUUCUGCCAUAACCCGGACAACGGUAAGGCUUGUCACCAGACGGGCUGCCUUGGUGGUGAAUGAAGCCGGGGAGGCAGGCUGUGGUCAGUCCACAUUUCCGGCACUCGCAGGUUUUGGGGCUUGUAGACGGUUGCUCUUGGCAAAGGCUUCUUCCUCCCCAGGGCUAGAGCCUGACCAUUUUCCGGGCGGGCAGCUGCCCCGACCACACCAGGAAGGGCUGCUCAGGCGGAGCCACCUCGCAAUCCAGGGGUGACCUGGGGGCUCCCCGGGAUGCGAAUGUCCCGCUCCCCCGCCGCCCCGCCCCGUCCGGAUUCUCCCUCGCCUCUUCUGGCGCGGCCGACUGCGCUGCGGGUGAAGAACUCCCCGUUUCCUAGAUGCCAGCUCCUGAGCUCACGAGCACGUCCAGAGCGGAGGACACUCGGGACACCAGGGUCCAGCUCCGGAAACGGAAAAUUCCACAAGCCCGUCACUCUAGGAAGCGGCAGCGAACGUUCUCGGUAGGUUUAACCCUCUUCUUCCUCUGACCGAGCGAGGGCUCCCCGUCUGCGGCGCGGUCAGGACCCCGCACUUUCGGCCCGGCUCGGGGUUCUCGGAGUCCGUCCCAAGGCCGGGCCGCACCACCGCUGGGGGGCAGCGAAGCGAGCCUAGAGGAGGAAAGGCGGUCCCCGCCGAGUGCACGCCGGAGGCGGAGCACGGCACGAAGGCUCCGUGGUCGGACUUCCUGGCUGUUCGGAGGCCCCGGCCCACCUGGAGGGCCCUGGAAGAGUUUCCAGUGCUUCCCGAGGUAGGCGUGAGAAGCUCGACGCGGACCACAUCUCCCUCAUGCACCGCCCGCACGUCCCAGGAUGCGCUGCGAUUAAGUUCCGCUCCCUGGGAUCAGCGGCGAGAAGCGGGGCGGAGUCUGAGGCCCGAGCCAAGAUGGCGGCUGCGAAGCCAACCCUCACGGACUCGCUCUCGUUCUGCCUCGCGCAGCUCGCGGCGGCGGCCGGGGAGGCUCUGGGUGGGGAAAAGGACCCAGCGACCAACGAGACACCCCUGAGCCGCGCGCUCCUAGCCCUCCGCACGCGCCACAUCAAGGCAGCGGGGGGAAUCGAGCGCUUCCGGGCACGCGGCGGGCUCCGCCCCCUACUCGCGCUGCUACGGCGAGCGGCUGCAGCGGGUUCCGCCCCGUCCCAGGCAGGCCCCGGCUCCGCCCCCUCGUCGGCCGCGUCGGCAGCUUCUAGCCCCGCCCCCGCGUCGGGCCCCGCCCCCUCCGCUGUGUCGUCGUCUAGUCCUACGCCGCCAGUGCGCCUGCGCAAGACGCUGGACUUGGCGCUCAGCAUCUUAGCCGAUUGCUGUACGGAAGGGGCGUGCCGGACCGAAGUGCGCAGACUCGGAGGCAUACUCCCUUUGGUGACCAUUCUUCAGUGCAUGAAGACAGACAGCAUCCAGAACCGAACGGCCCGUGCCCUGGGGAACUUAGCCAUGGAACCUGAGAGCUGUGGGGACAUCCACUGUGCUGGUGCUGUUCCCCUGCUUGUGGAGAGCCUGACAGCCUGCCAGGACUCGCAGUGCCUACAGAGCGUGGUGCGUGCCCUCCGUAACCUGGCAGACUCACCCCAGCACCGCCUGGCCUUGGCACAGCAGGGAGCAGUGCGCCCGCUGGCCGAGCUCCUGGCCACUGCCCCAGAUGCUGCACUGACCUUAGCCCUCAUCCGUGCCCUCCUGGAACUCAGCCGAGGCUGCUCCCGGGCCUGUGCUGAGCAGCUAAGUCUGGGUGGGGGAUUGGGCCCACUCGUCAGCCUGGCUUCCCACCCCAAGCGGGCAGUACGUGAGGGAACCAUUCUGAUCCUCGCCAACCUGUGUGCCCAGGGCCUGAUUCGGCCUGCACUGGGCAAUGCUGGUGGCGUGGAGGUGCUGGUAGAUGAGCUCCGGCAGCGCCGGGAUCCUAAUGGAGCUAGCCCAACCUCCCAGCAGCCCCUGGUGCGGGCUGUGUGCCUCCUAUGUCGUGAGGCCAUCAACCGGGCCCGACUGCGGGAUGCUGGUGGCUUGGAUCUACUGAUGGGCCUGCUGCGGGACCCUCGUGCAAGCGCAUGGCACCCUCGUAUUGUGGCUGCCCUUGUGGGGUUUCUGUAUGACACUGGGGCCCUGGGCCGGCUGCAGGCUCUGGGACUUGUGCCUCUCCUGGCUGGGCAGCUGUGUGGUGAGGCUGGUGAGGAGGAAGAAGAGGGAAGAGAAGCUGCUUCCUGGGACUUCCCUGAGGAGAGGACCCCUGAGCGGGCACAGGGUGGAAGCUUCCGGAGCCUCAGGUCGUGGCUGAUCUCCGAGGGCUAUGCCACAGGCCCUGAUGACAUCUCCCCCGACUGGUCUCCUGAGCAGUGUCCGCCGGAGCCCAUGGAGCCGGCCAGCCCCGCCCCCACCCCGACCUCGCUGCGGGCACCACGCACCCAACGCACUCCAGGCCGCAGCCCCGCCGCCGCCAUCGAGGAGCCUUGGGGACGCGAAGGGCCAGCCCUGCUGCUGCUGUCGCGCUUUUCCCAGGCCCCUGACCCAAGUGGGGCACUUGUGACCGGCCCGGCGCUGUACGGCCUGCUGACCUAUGUGACCGGCGCACCGGGCCCGCCCAGCCCACGUGCACUGCGCAUUCUGUCACGCCUCACCUGCAACCCUGCCUGCCUCGAGGCCUUCGUGCGCAGCUAUGGCGCGGCGCUGCUGCGGGCCUGGCUGGUGCUGGGGGUGGCGCCUGACGAUUGGCCGGCACCACGUGCCCGGCCCACUCUCCACAGCCGGCACCGAGAGCUGGGGGAGAGGCUACUGCAGAACCUGACGGUUCAGGCUGAGUCGCCCUUUGGGGUUGGGGCCCUCACGCACCUGCUGCUCUCUGGGAGCCCUGAGGACCGAGUGGCCUGCGCGCUGACCCUGCCCUUCAUCUGCCGGAAGCCCUCUCUGUGGCGCCGGCUGCUUCUGGAGCAGGGUGGCCUCCGGCUCCUCCUUGCGGCGCUGACCCGGCCGGCCCCACACCCGCUCUUCCUCUUCUUUGCCGCAGACUCCCUUUCCUGCCUCCAAGACCUGGUGUCUCCCACUGUGAGCCCAGCUGUCCCACAGGCAGUCCCCAUGGACCUAGACUCACCCUCCCCUUGCCUCUAUGAACCUCUGCUGGGCCCAGCCCCUGUCCCAGCUCCCGACCUGCACUUCCUGCUGGACUCAGGCCUCCAGCUCCCUGCCCAGCGAGCGGCCUCAGCCACCGCCUCCCCUUUCUUCCGGGCCCUGCUGUCAGGCAGCUUUGCAGAAGCCCAGAUGGACCUGGUGCCCCUGCGAGGUCUGUCGCCUGGUGCAGCCUGGCCUGUCCUGCAUCAUUUGCAUGGUUGUCGGGGGUGUGGGGCUGCCCUGGGGCCCGUGCCCCCACCAGGCCAGCCCCUGCUGGGUUCAGAGGCCGAGGAGGCACUGGAGGCCGCUGGCCGUUUCCUAUUGCCUGGGCUGGAGGAGGAGCUGGAAGAGGCCGUGGGCCGCAUCCACCUGGGACCCCAGGGUGGCCCGGAGUCAGUGGGUGAGGUGUUCCGCCUGGGCCGGCCCCGGCUGGCUGCCCACUGUGCCCGCUGGACACUGGGGUCAGAGCAGUGCCCGAGGAAGCGGGGUCUGGCCCUGGUGGGGCUUGUGGAGGCAGCAGGUGAAGAGGCAGGGCCCCUGACGGAGGCUUUGCUGGCUGUGGUGAUGGGGAUUGAGUUGGGGGCAAGGGUCCCUGCCUAGACUGUUGACGUCCCCUGGGAAGGGGACCCAAGGAUGAAUUGGCUGUGAAGGAUCCUCCCUGAGACUGGCAAGGGAGGAGGCUGAGCAGAAGGAGUCGUCGUGGAGGAGCGGUGAGAACAUGGAACCGGACUCCAAGAUGACGAUCUAAAGACCCGGGAGCGAGAAGCCAAGGCCAGGUUCUGGGCGUAGGGCCCAGAGAAGCAGAACAGCCCAGAGCCUCAGGUGCCUGGCCUGGCCUAGACCUCUGGAAUUGAGAUUAAACACUUUGGAGUUGGA